CUUAAAUACUCCCUACUUUAGCCACACUUGAUGUUAUCAACUAAGUUGGAUAUCUUCAGUCAAACUUUUCGUCAUUCUUCCUUCCAAGAACUCCCAGCUCAUAGAGUAUUACAUCUCAAUAUUUAAAUAUGACCGAAGUUAAGAUAUUAAUUUUUGGUGCUACUGGUUAUAUAGGUGGUUCGGUACUUGCGAGUUUGAUCAAGUCUUCGGACUCGAAAAUUCGAGAUUGCAAGAUCACAGCUCCGGUUCGAAAGGAGUUGCAUGCUGCCCGCUUGCGAGAUCUACAAAUUGAAUCCCCAAUCUUCGAAGGGCUUGACGACUUGGACUUCAUACAAUCCAUUGCUUCAAGCCACGACAUCGUCAUCAAUGCUGCAAGCACUUUCUACCCAGGCGUAGCUAAGGCUAUUGUCCAAGGGCUUGAAAAGCGCCAAAAACUCACGGGCCGACAAGGCCACCUUCUUCAGACUUCAGGAACUGGCAGUGUGGCUGAUCGCCGCACAAGUCAACGCCUUGUCGAAAACAAAGUGUUGUCUGACAAGGAUGACAUUUAUGAGUACUUGAAGUUUCGCGAGCAUGGAGAGUCAUUCCCACAGAGAUUGACCGACGUGACAACCAUAGAAGCUGGGGAUGCCAUGGGCGUCAAAACAUAUAUCCUCAUGUCGCCAACGAUAUAUGGACCUGGCAAGGGUCUUUUCAACCGGAAGUCUAUGCAGAUCCAAGCCCUCGUAGACUUGGCAUUCAAGGAACAGUACACUAGCGUGGUAGGGUCCGGCGAUGGAGAGUGGAAUCAUGUUCACAUUGAGGAUAUGUGUUCACUUUACGAACUUAUCGUUUCGCGUCUGCUCAAAGGGGAUGAGUUGCCGUCCAAUAAGAAAGGCAUCUAUUUCAAUGAGACUGGGUCUGAAUCAUGGUUGACUGUAUCCCGGAAUAUAGGAAAAGUCGGCAAGCAGAUGGGUCUCCUACCUACAGAAGAGGUCACACACAUUUCUCUCGAGGAGGCUUCGACAAAGUUAUCCACAAAUUUGAUGGCAAACAUAUCAGUUGAUGUUAUUGAGCUUGGGUGGGCCUCUUGGUCGAGAACGAAGGCUGACCUUGCUCGAGAGAUCGGUUGGACGCCAACUAAGACUCGAGAUGAUUUUCUUGCCACUUUCAAAGAACUCUGGGUCGAGGCACAGGAGGCGAAUUCAGUUAAAUAGAAAUGAUGAUUUUAUUGGAUAAAGUUUUGUCUGG